CAUUUACCCAGAUAACAGAUUCACAAAAUUUCCUCUAAAUAAAGAGUAAAAUUCAAAUUUUUUUAGAAGUAGAAAGGAACAAUAAUAAUAAUAAUUAUUAUUAAAAAAAAAAGUAGUUUCUGAAAACUCUGGUUUGAGUUGGGUUGAAGGAAGGUUGUUCUGAUGAAGUUUGUGGAAGUUAGGGUUAGAAUCGGAGGCAAGCCACAACUCUGUGCAACUUCAAAAAAAUUCACUUGUUCCUCAAUUUCCAAACAAUGAGUGCUGUCGGCAUUACAAACGUCACCGUUCUUGACAAUCCUUCCUCCUUUCUGAAUCCUUUACAGUUUGAGAUCUCUUACGAGUGUUUGACUCCUCUUAAAGACGAUUUGGAAUGGAAGCUUAUAUACGUAGGAUCAGCUGAGGAUGAGACUUAUGACCAAUUGUUGGAGAGCGUUCUUGUUGGGCCUGUGAAUGUUGGAAAUUAUCGUUUUGUAUUACAGGCAGACCCUCCAGACCCAUCCAAGAUUCGGGAAGAAGACAUAAUUGGUGUGACGGUACUUCUGCUCACCGGCUCCUAUCUUGGCCAGGAAUUUGUUCGAGUUGGAUACUAUGUGAACAAUGAUUAUGCUGAUGAACAGUUGAGAGAAGAACCUCCCGCAAAAGUCUUAAUUGAUAAGAUACAGAGGAAUAUUUUAUGCGACAAACCUAGGGUCACAAAGUUUCCCAUCAACUUCCAUCCAGAGAACAGUGAGAGUGGAGAGCAACCCCUACCAACUGAUCAUGCGGCUGGUGCUGAUGGAAUUGGAGAAACAGCAUUUUCACCUGCACAUCAUUUAGAGGAUCAGGGGUCUAAGAGUUUGGAUGAUUAGAAUAGAAUAAUUUAGUUCUUCUGACCUUCAAUUUCUCUCCAAGGUACAUAUAUCAUGCCUUUCUAUUUCUCCACCCCUUAAUCAAAAGUUUCAGAGGAAGAACAUUGGCAAUAAUUUAGCACGUUUUAGGGUCCGAGGUUGUUUACUCACACUUGAAAUUGAUUGAAUUCAUCAUGAUUUGGUAACUUUGUUAUUUGAGCCCUUGUUAGAAUUCCUUAUUUAGUUAUUUUAUCAACAGAACUACCAAAAUAUAUAGUCAUGGGGCAUGCUCAUGCUGAUUUUUUUUUACCUUUUUGUGUAUUUAUUACAUAGCCUUGUGGACUGACUAGUCUUGGUUUAGUGGCUUUCUCAUAUAUUUUGUGUUCUUAGCAGUUAACUUCUUCCGAAUCGAAACAUAAUUGAACCUAUUUUUCUCUA